GAGUUAUAAGCACAUAUCAAAUACACUAAGGUGAGAGAAAUAAUUGAAAGAGGUGAAAGUGAUAAUGAUGAUGAUGAAGAAGAAGGUGUGCACCUAUGCAAUAGUGUUGGUGGCGUUACUUCUUGUGGAGGUGAUUCCCAAAGGAGAGUCGGUGACAUGUAGCCCUGUGGAGUUAAGUCCUUGUUUGGGGGCAAUCACUUCCUCAUCUCCACCAUCAAGCACAUGUUGCCAGAAAGUGAGGGAACAAAGGCCAUGCCUUUGUGGUUACCUCAAAAACCCUAGUCUACGACAGUAUGUCAAUUCUCCUGGUGCUAGAAGGGUUGCUAGCUCUUGUGGGGUUCCCUUCCCAACUUGUUAGUGUCACCCUAAUUAUAAUAAUAUACUGUGUAAUAAAUUAGUAUGCAAAUAUAUACUCAAUAUCUUAUGUUUAAAUCUUGUUAUAAAAAAACAGGUACUACCCAGAAAAAUAAUGUGGUUCAAGAGCACUUGUUUGCUUGAACAAAUAUGAUUAUUAAUUAAUGAGAUGUCUAAGAAAUUAAGUGAAUGAUUAAAUUUGCUGUAUUUCAGUUCUUGA